AUGGAGUGUGGCCAAGUUCAUUUAAACCUCAAGACCAUGUUGCUGACAAUGAUGAUGUUCAAAUGGGGAAUACUGUGCACGGCCACGUCAGAGAAGUGCUUGUCUGCACCCUGCCAGAACGGAGCCACUUGUGUGGAUACCAUGAAUGAUUACGCCUGCAUCUGCCCAAGAGACGGGGUACGCUACAUGGGAAAAAGCUGUGAUCAACUCUAUGAUGGCUGCUUUUUUGCCCCUUGUGAGGAAUGCACUAGCACUCCGGGUACGGUGGACUACACCUGCAUCUGCCCAGAUGGGUUGACCGGGGACGACUGUAUGCAGGAGCUGGACGAGUGUGAGAGUAACCCGUGCUCGGAGCCUCUUUCUCACUGUAUAGACCAGCUGAACGGCUACUUCUGCAGAUGUCCUCCAGGUCAUGGUGGCCAAGACUGCCAAACACAUAUCACUGACUGCAUCGAUGAGCCUUGCAGGAACAACGGGACUUGUGUGUUUGUACCUGAGGGUUUUGCGUGCCGGUGUGCAGCAGGGUUUGAAGGGGAGACUUGUGAAGACGAUGUGAAUGAGUGUUCUUCACAGCCUUGUCAGAAUGGUGCUAUCUGUAUCGACGGAGUCUCGAAAUUCCACUGCUUCUGCGUACCUGGCUUUCAAGGGUACACCUGUGAGAUUGACAUCAACGAGUGUGCCUCGCGCCCCUGUGAGAACAACGGCACCUGCAUCAACGAGAAGGACCACUACGAGUGUGACUGUCUGGUUGGAUUUACAGGGUUAAACUGUGAAACUGAAAUAGACGAAUGUGAGUCCAAUCCUUGUCGCAAUGGCGCCACCUGCCGUGAUCUCGUCGGCAUGUACACCUGUGAGUGUGUGGCCGGAUAUGACGGUGCAGACUGUGAGGUGGACGUGGAUGAAUGUGCCAGUGAGCCCUGCCAACAUGGAUCUGUCUGCCAUGACAUGAUCAACAGCUACGAGUGUGACUGCGCUAACACAGGGUUCAUGGGGGACCUGUGUGAAGAAGACAUCCCUGAGUGUGGCUCGGACCCCUGUAGACACGGUGCUACCUGUGUAGAAGGUGUCAACGAGUACAGCUGUUUGUGCUGGCCAGGCUACGAAGGAGCGAGCUGUGAAAUUGAUAUUGACGAAUGUGAGGAUCAGCCUUGUGAAAACGGUGGAGAGUGUUUUGAGCGUUCAGACCCGUCUCACUGGGAGAUGGACUGGGAGCUUGGUUUUGCAGAUGCUGUGGGAUAUAUUUGCCAAUGUCAGUCCGGAUUUGCAGGAGAGAACUGCUCUUUCAACAUUGACGAGUGUGAGUCAGAACCUUGCCAAAAUAGAGGGACUUGUGAAGACCAAAUCAACGGGUACAUCUGUAUAUGCUCUUCUGGAUUUACAGGUGAAAUUUGUGAAGUGGACAUUGAUGAAUGUCAGAGCCAACCCUGUCAAAACGGUGGAUGGUGUGAAGAUGGAGUGGCUUCCUACAUUUGCCAUUGCCCUGAGGCAGAAAUGGAUGAACUUCCUUGGGGGGGUGAUCUCUGCAAUGUUAAACUCUAUGGCUGUGUGGACCAUGAAUGUCAGAAUGGAGCCACCUGUUAUCCAUGGCUAAAGGAUGAAGAACAUGGCCAUACUUGCCUGUGCCCUAAUGGAUUCUAUGAUGAGCAAUGUUCCACAAAAACCACAUUCUCCUUCUCAACUCCAGGAUACAUUCAUAUUGAGGUUGUUUUAGAAGAGCAGGGACAAAGUGAAGCUGAGCACCAUAGUCAAGCUGGGCCUGGGGUACAGCUACGUUUUCGAACAACAAUGCCAAACAUGUUACUUUUCUACAGAGGUGAUAUGGAUAACCAUCUCUUAUUGGAGAUUGUAAGUGGAGGUCUUCAUGCAAAUGCACUCUCGGAGGAUUCUGAACUAGAUGUCUUAUUUCCAGGUUUGGUUAGUGAUGGUGAUUGGCGGGAUGCUAAUGUAUUUGUGACCAAAAGCAGUCUGGUUUUGGUAUUGAAGGGCCCUGGCUGUAACAGUGAAGGAUGUAAAAUUGUAGAUGAAGACCCAAAUGGGUCAAAUUCCCACCCCUCUGAGGCUUUCACUCACAUCUAUGUGGGUGGUGCCCCAGAAGAGCAUCUCAAGCAGACUGUUAGUGGCGCAAGUUUCAUUGGCUGUAUGGAAGACCUUAUGAUAGAUUUUAAGCCUGUAUUGCCCCAAGAGUUUCCAGGUGACCAACAUCAUGAGCUCGGCUGUAGUAAGACUGAAUGGUGUUCGUCUGAUCCCUGUUCUGGAAAUGGACACUGUAUAGACCUGUGGACCACCUAUCUCUGUGACUGCCACCGUCCCUUUCAUGGCGAUAACUGCUCUCAGGAGUUCCCCUCAUGGACUUACAGUCACGAAGACACAGCGAGCUUCAGUAUCUACAGUGUUGACAACUAUCAUGGGGGCAACUUCAGUGUUUCUUUAUUUUUGCGGUCAUUAAAGCCAGAUGGUCUCCUUUUCCAGUUGAGGAGACCCUCGGAGGAAGAGGAAGGAGAGGUCUAUUUCUCAAUACACAUGGGAAUGGGGAGGGUAUACGUCAGCUCUCUCCCCAAUAGUGCUCCGCUGAAAGCUCCAAUUUUUGUAACGAGUGGUGAGAAGGAACUUCUACAAGUGGAAGUCCAUAACAGACAAGUCAUUUUUGAGCACGCAGGUCUCCGCUACGGAAUAGGAGAGAUUCCUGAUGUGGAGGUUAGCAGUGGAGAUCUGGCCUUUAUAGGAGGUCUUCCUGAAAAGUGGAACUCUGAAGUGUGGGGGGGGCACUUCAAAGGUUGUCUGCAGGACCUUCGUUUGGAUGGAGUGCAUUUGGAUGUGGAUUCAUGGAGUAAUUCCAAAGAAGAGGAGGUUUAUUUACCAAGUGAUGCUGAAAACAUACAAAUGGGCUGUAUCAGUGAUGACACCUGCCAGGUGGAGCCAUGUCACAAUGGAGGAGAGUGCACCAUCACAUUCAAUGACUUCACAUGUGUGUGUGCUGAGCAGUACACUGGAAAGACCUGCGAGACCAGAGUGUGGUGUGUCAGCGAUCCUUGUGUCAACGGGGGUCAUUGUGUGGACCUUUCCCAUGGAUAUGAAUGUGUGUACAACGCCACGUUUGAGAACAGUCCUGUGCAGUACAGUGCUGGCGGCACUCUGACUGAGCCAGUGACCACCAUCUACAUCGAGCUCCGGACUCGCUCAGAAAAUGCAGUCUUACUGCGUGCCAUCCACGGGGCUGAUAUGCUAAUUGUGGGACUACUGGAUUCAUUAGUCCGUGUGGAGAUCCAGACUGGCAACAGUGUGGAGACCCUGGUCUUAACCGGAGUACUGCGAGUGGCAGAUGGGAGCUGGCAUCGUAUAGCGAUCACAGUGACUGAACAAGGGAGCAAAGCCUCUCAGUGGCUCAUCAGUGUGGACGGAAUCACCGAUGCGAGCAGUUUGCCCGAGUUCACUGGAAGCCUUGAGUUCCUCAACGAGAAGGAGGCCUUGUUGGUUGUUGCAGAGAGUUUUACAGGUUGUCUAGGCGCAAUUAGGGUAGGAGGAGUUUACCUUCCCUUUGUCGAUGACCAUAAGGCCCCGCAGCUCUCGCAGUUUCAUAUGGUUGUAAAUAAAAACAUUAAAAUGGGUUGUAGUAGCACACCAGUUUGUGAUUCAAAUCCCUGUAAAAAUGGGGGUACAUGUGAGGACCUCUUUAAUAAGUUUGGCUGUGUCUGUGACGCUGGUUGGGAGGGACAACUAUGCCAGGUAGACACAGACGAUUGUGCAUCUAGGCCUUGUGUUCAUGGAAAGUGCAAGGAUUUCUUGGCUGAUUUCGAGUGCCAGUGUCAUCCUGGAUAUGCUGGUAAACUCUGCGAUGAGGAUCUGGAUGAAUGCGAACAUCAUGCUUGUGAACAUGGGGGCAUGUGUGAAGAUGGUCAAAACAUGUACACUUGUAUGUGUCCUGACGAGUACAGUGGCCCACUCUGCCAGUGGGAGUAUCCUCCAAUACAGUGUGGUGAGGACGUUCAGUGUGCAAAUGAGGGUAUUUGCAACGACGGACUGUGGGGAGCCAACUGCACUUGCAUGCCUGGUUUUACGGGCGCCAGGUGUGAGCUAGAGGUCAACGAAUGCGAGUCUAGUCCCUGCCAGAAUGGGGGUUCCUGUUUGGAUCGUCUCAAAGGAUUCCUGUGCAUAUGUCCACCGGGCUACAGUGGUCCAAUCUGUGAGUCAAAUAAACAAGCACAGAAGGACCGUGUUCCCUGGCUAGUUGUGGUUAUCCCACUGGUCUGCUUCUGUGUGCUCAUACUCAUCAUCGGCCUGACCUUUAUGGUACUAACUGCAAGGAAGAAGCGCCAGUCUGAGGGUGCCUACAGCCCAAGUACCCAAGAGUUGGCUGGAGCACGCCUGGAGAUGGACAGCAUGCUAAAGGUUCCCCCAGAGGAACGACUGAUCUAG